CUGCAGGGAGGCUUCCUGAUAGGGCAGCAAGGGUACGAGGUAACACCUCUGGGCCACCACAAUUCUUUAUAUACAUAGCAUAGGGGAUAAUAUACAAUUACAGUAGAACAGAUGCAGGGGGGGCCUUCUGGGAGGCUGCCUGACAGGGCAGCAAGGUUACAGGGUAACAAAUCCCGUACUGGGCCACCGCAUUUCUUUUUGGCGUAAAUUAAUGUGCAAAGCAUGACCUUUAGGUGCAAACUCACACCAUCCAGGACCACAUUUAGAAACUUGUCUACAUCUAAGCUACUUUGCUAUUUAUAUUUAAAAAAAAUGUACACCUCUUUGAUAUAUGUGGGGGAAGUACACAUGACAUAUGUCCAGGCAAAAAGGGGUAAAAAGAACUUGAAAAUGUAAAUUUUCCCCCAGUGUCCACCCUUCAACACCAUAGUGUUUCUCUUUUACUCUAAAUGGGUGCAGGUCCAAAAUUUGGUGCCAAUUUAUCUGUUUUUUUAAUUUUUUUUUAUGGAGCUCCAGAUAGGGAGCUUAUACCGUGAAUUCAAUAAUGAAACAGUAACCAGUUCCUCCUAGUGAUGUCUGCAGGCAACCAACAAUCUAUGUCUAUGCAGGGGACAUGAAGCUCUGUAUCAGAAGAAAAUGACCCGUAAAUGAUAUAAUCAGGACAGAAUAUUGGACCAAAAAUUGAGUUCCUGCUAUGAGUUUGACUGGUGAUAAUCUACAACUCCCAUUAUGCCUUGACAGCCUAUGGCUCUCCAGCUGUUGCAAAACUACAAUUCCCAUCAUGCCCUGACAGCCUGUGGCCCUCCAGUAGUUUUGCAACAGCUCAGGGGUAUUACAGGAGGUGCAGGAGUUCAGCUGCUUCAUGACAGAAUGGACUUUGGCUACAGAAGAUGAGAUAAGAUGUACAGUAUUUAGUGGAGGCAGCGUGCUGCAGUAGGACAGAAUACGGCCUGUACUUUACCUCAGAACAUGAGCACAUUUUCUUCUCUUGUUUAGCCUUGUGAUUUGCAAAGAGAACAUCGACUCACCAGACGUCCUCACUUCCCCCUUGGCUACUCUGAGAGAACUGCUUAAGUAAUAGGCAUGCAAUGGGAUUGAUCAGCUGAUAUGUACAGAGAACUCUCUUCUGGAAGACACGGUCAUAUAACAGGCCACCUCUGACCAUCCAUGAUCCUUUGACCUUUUAGUGGACAGUCUCUACUGCUUGGAAACCUUGAGGACAGAGCAAAGUAGUCAGACAUGGCUUUUGUUACUCACCUGUUGGCGUGUAUCUUUGGAACCGGUGCAUGGGUUGCUAUCAACGGUCUAUGGGUAGAACUUCCACUUAUAGUGAAUGAUGUUCCUGAAGGAUGGUACUUACCAUCAUAUCUUACCAUCCUUAUCCAAAUGGCCAACAUUGGCCCUCUAUUUGUUACUAUAAUGCACAAGGCAAAGCCUGGCUGGGUGAAAGAGGUUGUGAUUAUAUAUAUUAUUAUUGUCCUGGGAAUCGUGGCUUUGUUUCUGUUGGCCUUUUUCUGGAAAGAAACCACCUGGAUUGCCGGGCAGCUACACAGUACAGGAUUCCUGAUCUUAACCUUUUUCUUGUCGGUGGUGGAUUGUACUUCAUCAGUGACCUUCCUGCCCUUCAUGAUGCAACUACAACCCAAGUACAUAACUACAUACUUCAUUGGCGAGGGGCUCAGUGGUCUCUUUCCCGGAUUACUGUCUCUGAUUCAAGGCGUUGGAAUGAUGAAGUGUGUGAAUGUUACACGAAAUGAGAACACAACUCAACCUUGGUUGAAUGCUACAGAUGGUGGAUACUACAUAGAAACCCAAUACCUUCCAGCCAACUUCUCUGUUCAAGUCUUCUUGUUCCUUCUCACAAUUAUGAUGGUUUUCUGCCUGGUGGCUUUUUUCUUCUUAACGAGACUAUCCCAGGAAGACAGCUCCAAUACUUCCUUACUUCAGAGUUCUGUCACCCUUAAUUCUUACUCUACGACUGAUGUGAAGCUUUCAUGUAAUUCGGGGCCUUCUGAUACAAGUAAGAGCACAGAGGACAUCAAGUAUGACAGCGGGAAUUCUUCAGACCCAGAUACUAAUAAAGUAAAGUAUUCUUGGGGUCACUACGCUCUAAUUUACUUUCUUACUGGAUGGGUGAAUGCUCUCACCAAUGGAAUUUUGCCAUCUAUUCAGACAUACUCUUGCAUGCCAUAUGGUAACUUGGCUUACCAUCUUUCUGCUGCACUGGGCUCCAUGGCUAAUCCUCUGGCUUGCCUCAUUGCCAUGUUCCUACCUAGCAGGUCCCUUAUGAUCCUUGCGCUCUUGUCAGUUGUGGGGACAGGAUUCGGGGCAUAUAACAUGAUGACAGCGAUUAUGAGUCCUUGUCCUAUACUGCAGAACAGUACUUGGGGAUUAGUCCUUAUCGUGAUUUCCUGGAUCUUUUUUAUUGGAACGCUCAGUUACGUAAAAGUCAUGAUUGGAGUUAUUCUCCGCAGCCAAAGUCACAGCGCCCUUGUUUGGUGUGGAGCGGUGGUGCAGCUGGGCUCCAUGAUUGGGGCUCUAGUCAUGUUCCCCCUGGUUAAUGUGUAUGGCUUCUUCAGCUCAGCUGAUCUCUGCAGUGUGAAUUGUCCUAGCUAAGACUCACCAGAAAGCAUGAAGAGAGCAAAUACUAAAUAUAUAUAUAUAUAUAUCUGUUCACAAGAAUAUAUGCUACAACUACCUCUACAUAAAGAA